AUGACAACAUUGUUCAAUCAAGUGAAGAUCCAAGGCGUGUUGCGUAUACACGUCAUAGCUGGUCGCAAUUUGAAAGCGGGAGAUAAAUCUGUAGUCGGACGUGGUUCUUCCGAUCCAUACUGCAUCGUGCGAGUAAAUCUCCAAAUUGCUGCCCCCACGUUAACUCGCUACAAAGAUCAGUUGAAGGUGCUCGGUGUUGUGGAUUUGGCUGCCGAGUCGGAAUCGUUAUUCCCAUAA